AAGCCUCGCUUAACGAAACUACUGUUCGCUGCAGUUUGCCGUUGGUUAAAUUCUCGCGAGAACGCGUGGCUUCAAACCUCCCCAUGAGCCUUUGCGAUUCCUCUUUCUAGCCGGCGCCUGAGAAUGGGUAUCUCAAGGGACAACUGGCAUAAACGCCGCAAGACCGGCGGUAAACGCAAGCCCUACCACAAGAAGAGGAAGUAUGAGCUCGGACGUCCUCCUGCAAACACAAAGAUUGGACCUCGUCGCAUCCACACAGUGAGAGUCCGUGGUGGGAACAAGAAGUAUCGUGCUCUGAGGUUGGAUGUUGGCAACUUCUCAUGGGGCUCUGAGUGCUGCACACGCAAGACCAGGAUCAUCGAUGUGGUCUACAAUGCCUCCAACAACGAGCUGGUCAGAACCAAGACCCUGGUGAAGAACUGCAUCGUUCUUGUUGACAGCCUUCCCUACAGGCAGUGGUAUGAGGCUCACUACGCAACUCCUCUGGGACGCAAGAAGGGAGCCAAGCUGACUCCUGAGGAGGAAGAAGUCCUGAAUAAGAAGAGGUCAAAGAAGACCCAGAAGAAGUACGAUGAGCGUAAAAAGACUGCAAAGAUCAGCACCCUCUUAGAGGAGCAGUUCCAGCAGGGAAAAUUGCUUGCUUGCAUCGCCUCCAGACCCGGCCAGUGCGGCAGGGCGGACGGCUACGUCCUGGAGGGGAAGGAGCUCGAGUUCUACCUGAGGAAGAUCAAGGCCAAGAAAGGCAAAUAGAUGUACAGCUGUUUGAUACGUCAAUAAAAUCCAGAACGUCCCAAAA